GGAAGAGAGAGAGUAAGAAAGGGGGGGAGAGGGAGAGAGAGAGAUCAAAAUUCAAUCCCAUUCUAAGAAAGUGGGGGAUGACGUGGUUUUGAAAACGUGCCCAAAAAACUCCUUAAUGAAUAGCGCAGCGCGCGGGCAGAGAGGCGCAGGCUGGCCGCAGCUGUUUCCUGCUGAUCGCGUCCUCCGUAAUGUAGAUAAAUGUGAGGGAUUUUCUCGCUAAAUCUCGCUGCUGCUGCCCCGGACGAGCCUGCGCAAUGGAACAAAGUGGGAAUAUUGCGAUGUGACAUCGAGCGCCUCCGUCCUGUCUUUUUCUCUCUCUCUCUUUCUCUCUCCAUCACUCUCUAUUUCUUUCUCUAUAUCUCACCCUCUCUUUUUCAUUUUUCUGAUUUUUUUAAUGACUUCAAAAAACAAGUUGCUGUUCGUCGCGUGGAGGAGACCCGCGGGGAUGUCUGGCGCUCUUUUCUUCCAGGGUCAUUGGUGUGAUGUCUUAAAGUGUACCAUGCGCUGCAUGUCCUGCACCCACACCCUGUCGCUGGUGCUGUGCGUCCUGGCGCUGACUCCGGCGGUGGUGCAGGCGGGGCCCGAGACGCUGUGCGGGGCGGAGCUAGUGGACACGCUGCAGUUUGUGUGUGGAGACAGAGGCUUUUAUUUCAGUAAGCCGACAGGUUACGGCCCCCCCUCGCGGCGGACGCAUAACCGCGGCAUUGUGGACGAAUGCUGCUUUCAGAGCUGUGAGCUGCGACGUCUAGAGAUGUACUGCGCACCAGUUAAAUCUGGUAAAACGCCACGAUCUCUGCGGUCCCAGCGGCACACGGACGUCCCAAAAACACCAAAGAAACCUGUGUCCGGUCAUAGCCACACCUCUUGUAAGGAGGUUCAUCAGAAGAACUCCAGCAGAGGGAACGCCGGGGGAAGGAGCUUCAGGAUGUAAGGGGACGACAGAAGAAAUGGGAACGGCAGAGAAAAGAGAAAGACAAGUGGAAGCAAUGGACACGGCAAAGCAGAGAAUAGAGCGAAAGUGCAAGAUUGCAAAAUUGCAAUAGUGCAAGAGUGAAAGAGUGCAAGAGCGCAAGAGUUCGUCUUACCUGGUCCUCCAGGAGAGUGGUACAUCACUCCAACAGCAAAAAAACAAACAAACAAACAAAAAAACACGGGAUGAGCUCCAUGUACAAAAACAAAUAAGACAGCAAAUUAGACUUUUUAUUUCAUACAUCGCACCACUCACUCUCCACAUACUGGGGAAGAACUAACGUGGGAGUACUCUGAUGGAGAAAAGGUAGCUGCUAAUUAGCUGCUAAAAUAGUAGAGUAAAAUAACUGUUCUUUAACGUCUGUUGUGAUGGUUGUCAUGGUUGGGUGUCAUGGUGACGUAACGUCUUCCAAAAGAGAGCUGCUGAAUAUUUUGGACUGAGACUUUUGACUGAAAUGUUUCAUGGCGUCACUUUGUGUGAACAUCUGAUCACCAUUGGAUCACCAUCUGAUCACAGGAUGACCUCUGGGUUUGAGCCGUCUGGGUUUGGGUCAAUGGUGGAGAGGUGAAAGCUUUCUAGGAAGGUUUUCUAUGACCUUCUCUCUCUCGCUCUCACACAAACACACAAACAUACAAACACACAACAACAUUUAAUUUCCUAGAUGACUUUUCACUUGUCACUUGUGUACUUGUGUAAUGCCCGGAUCAGACUACACAAAUAUAGCCCUGCUUUUUUGGAGCCCAUAAAUUGCUUGCAUCAGAUCUGUAUUACAGUAUCAUGAGCGACAAAAGUCUGUAGUAGUAUGUAGUAUAGUCAAAAAGCAGCAUUUUCUCCCCAAUUUAUACAGCCAAUUACCCAACCCACUCGUUAAUCCUUCCCCUAUCACCAGUGUUGCUCCAACACCAGAAGGUCAGAUUCCGCCUCUUUUUGAACUGCUGCUGAUGCUGCAGCAUUGCCGAGUAGCAUCACAGCGCUAACAAUCGGAGGAAAGCGCAGCGACUUAGUUCUAAUACUGCAGCUCACAGAUGCAGCCUUGUGCUGAUCUACAUCACCCUAGGAGUGAUGAGGGGAAAGAAAGAGCGCCAUCUACUGUACUGUACCCACCCAGAGAGAGCAGGACCAAUUGCGCUCUCUGUGACUAACGUGUAGUGUUACCAGUUCCCACGAAACGAAGAUGAAUGCUUAAUCUGACAUAGGUUACGUUCCCAUUACCAGGAUGAAGUGACUCAAACCAGAUUUUUUGCUCAAUGUGGCUCAGAUCAGAUUUUUUCACGGCUGUGUGAACGUGCCAAAUCCGAUCAUUUUAAGUCAGAUUUGAGUCACUUUUAUAUGUGGUCCAAAAUCAGAUACGUAUCCGAUCCACGGACAUGCGACAUGAAUGUGCACGGUCAAAUCAUGCAGAAUUCAUGCAUCUUUUUACGCUUUUCCAUAGUGAACAUUGUUGAGACAAAAUUGUUGUGUAGUCUGAGAUUGGCAUAAGCCAUUACACAGCGUAACUCAACUUGAGUUAAUGGUAAAUAUCUUUGAUUUAGGCAUGCAAACAUCAGUGCAGUAUAUAACAAUGAUACAGAUGGUACACAGCCUCACAUCAUUAAUCACAUCAUUUUAUUAGUGUAAUAUUUGAACAUGCAUCAGGCUGCACAAAUCAAGCGAACAUGAACAGUUUUGCAGGCGUAUUUAUGCUAAUUAAGUAACUCCUUACACUAAAGAGAGAGAGAGAACAGAAGAAAAAGCUGAGAAUGUGAGAACAUCAAUGUGAAAGAUCAUUCCCAUUAUUCCCAAGAGUGUCUGAAUUGUUCAGCAAUCAAACCUGUUGAAUGCAGUGCGUAAGUGUCACUGCUUUUCCUCAUGCUAUAGUGCGGUUCUAUAGUCUGCGGUUCCCAAGCUGGCCAAGUCAUCAAUACAUGACCUCUUUGAACCCUUAAUAAAAAAAACUAUUCAGAACUAUUACUUGUUAACCAGUUGGUUUAGUGUAUUUUGUGGGGUCCCACAUGUUUCUAUUUUAGGACCAAUGAAACUGAUAUCAAUUAUAACAAUUUUACAGAUAUGCGAUUGAAAAUCUUAACUAUGAGCUUACAUACAGCUCUGGAAAAAAAUAAGAGACCACUUAAAAAUGAACUGCUUGAAUUUUUACACCAGGAGUAAAGGCAUAAAGUUAUUCAAAAGCAGUGUGUAAGACUGGUGGAGGAGAACAUGAUGCCAAGAUGCAUGAAAACUUUGAUUUUAGAACCACAAGGGUUAUUCCACCAAAUAUUGAUUUCUGAACUCUUAAAACUUUAUUGUUAAAACGUUAUUUUAGCCAUAUCUCCUUUUCUGCUAUAAAUAAAUACUGUAAAUGACAAUAUUUUUAUUUGGAAUUUGGGAGAAAUGUUGUCCUUAGUUUAUAGAAUAAAACAAAAAUGUGCAUUUUACUCAAACAUAAACCUAUAAAUAGCAAAAACAGAGAAACUGAUUCAGAAACUGAAGUGAAGUGGUCUCUCAAUUUUUUUCCAGAGCUACUGUAUAUCGCCAUGGGAAAAAAAUAAAGUGUCACCCAGAUGCCAUAAAUGUAAAUAUAAUUAAGUAUAAGUUCCUGCUACUGCACCCUGCUCUGUGCACUUGGUUAAGCCUAAACCAGGACAUAAGUGCAUAAGUGUUCAGGCCAUUCUUUGGGAUGAUCCAGGCUGUACAGAUGGAGCAUCUUUACAAGGACAUCACAGACAUUAUGGACAUUACGAAGAUUAUGGACGUUAUCUGUUCGGCUGCAGUCACUCAGCUCAGAGUGUUUUUUUUUUAUUUAAGAGGACUCUUAAAAAGAGACUUUUACGGAGGGAUCGGGAAUGCAGCGUAGAAGUUUGCACAGCCUCUCUGCUCGGCGAUUCCUCUCCUUCACCUUACGAUCUUCACGUCUCAUUGAUCGCACUGAUCACCUUCCUCUCUGUAAGCGUGUAAUCAACCAGUAAUCCUAUUUAUGUUAACCAUCACAUUCCUUUUUCCCAUCAUUAUACAUGAUGGCAUCAUAUAACAGAACCAUAUAAGAACUCUGCCCACUGUAUAAUGGUGCUAUUUUACUAGCAAGUAGAUACUUGCGUGGGUUUUUUGGCUGAAAGCUGAACUGCGGUGGGGUUUUGGAUAAAAAUUAAAUUUUGAUUUUGACUGAAGGUUGGUGGACUUCCCUUUUGCACAGCCUUGUGGCCACCAUAAUGUUCUUUCUUUAUUAUUAUUAUUAUAAUGAUUAUUUUCAAAGUGUUUCAAUUAGGUAUUUGAGAAAUGUACGCGAGAAAUGAUAGAGAUACUUGUGUGAGACGAUGUGAUGUGAUGUGAAUGCAUGGAGAGAAAAAAGAAAAGAGAGAGAGAGAAAUGUUAAGAUGUUAAGUUGUUUUCUACCACUUUAAAUUAUUGUUGUCUCGAUCCCUAUGCCAAAAAUAGCAAAUAACAUGCCAAAUAAUAACUUGAGAGCACUCGAAAAAACACUGUGAACUAUGAGCUUCCAGUACUAUCAAGGUUUUACUCAUCCAAGUUUAGCUUGUAGCUUUUUUUUCUACAUUUCUAGCGUUUCGUAAGCGAUUUUGGCACUGACCGACUUUCACAAAAAAAUUUAAAAAAUGAUAUAUUGACAUCGAGAGCAGAAAUGGUGCAAGACUAUCCUCGUUGUAGAUAACCACUCUGGAAUCCAUCAUUUUAAAUCCAUUCCUGAAUGAUUGUGAAGUUAUAAUGCAGUCACAAUUCACAAUUCAGAAGCAUUGGCUAUAACUUUCCCUUAUAUAAAUAUAUAAAAACAAAAUAAGAAUAUUAGCUCUGUGAUCAUACAAAAGUUAUAGAAUAUACAGAUCUAGCAAAACAAUUAGAGAGCACUAAAAAAUGACGAGUUUCUUUGAUUUUACCAAAUUAAAACCCUCUGGAAUAUAAUCAAGAGGAAGAUGGAUGAUCACAAACCAUCAAACCACCAAACUGAACUGCUUGAAUUUUUGCACCAGGAGUAAAGCAGCAUAAAGUUAUCCAAAAGCAAUGUGUAAGACUGGUGGAGGAGGAGAACAUGAUGCCAAGAUGCAUUAAAAAUAAAAUGUGGUUAAAAACCACCAGGGUUUUUUCACCAAAUAUUGAUUUCUGAACUCUUUAAAAAACUUUAUGAAUAUGUAAUUAUGUUUUUUUUUUUUUUGCAUUAUUUGAGGUCUAAAAAGCUCUGCAUCUUUUUUUUUCUUAUUUCAGCCAUUUCUCUGCCAUUUUCUGCAAAUAAACGCUCUAAAUGACAAUAUUUUUAUUUGUGAUUUGAGAGAAAUGUUGUCCCUAGUUUAUAGAAUAAAAUGUAAAAAUAAAAUGUUUAAUUUACUCAAACAUAUAACUAUAAAUAGCAAAAUCAAAGAAACUGAUUUAGAAACUGAAGUGUAAAUACAAGCAUAAAGAAUGAUCUGCGGUUACGUUACAUAGCCAAAUAUGCUGUGUAUGGCAAAUUACAAACUCCUUACUCUAAAACCAAAGAUUUUGAUUAUCUGGGAGUGACAUAAUGAUGUAAUGAUGUAAUAAUUUUUGUGUUUAUAAGAAUUUUUUGUUUUACCUUGAGUGGAGUUUUGGUGCUUGUUUAGCCACAUUAAACCAACUUUUCUGUGGGUGGAAUAAGAUUCAUUUAUUAAAAAAAAAACAAAAAUAAGACAAAAAGCCCCUCAAUACAGACACAGAUCUAGCAUUUUAUAGAAUUUGAGAGCUCUCAUUGAUGUAGAGAUGGUGCUUUAAAAAUGUAUUGUUGUUAUCAUGCUUUUUUAACACGUAUCACAUAAAACGAGUAGUAGAUACAACAUGGGAUGGCAAUUAUUAUUAUUUUUUCCUCAUUUGAGAUUUGAUAGGUCACACUAUGUAGUUUUGGGGAUCAGAACAUUUAUCAUUCAGAAUUUCUUGUUUGUUUUAUAUUGUGAGGCUUUCAUGACUGGUGCUCUAUUGCCUUCUGUAGACAAUAUGGAAAUUACUGACAGAUUGUUCACCAUUCCUGCUGAAUAAACCACUUGUAGAUAUUCAAAA